GCUCGAUUCGAACCAAUACAACAACACAAACUACCUACCGCUGCGACACACGCAGCCGAGCUAAGCGCUACCACCCUCCCAUCCAUGGCGGCCUCCACCUCCGCCACCUCCUUCUCCACUCCCACCAAGCCCGCCUCCUCCUCCUCCUCCUCCUCAAGUCCCAACUCCGUCUGCUUCGCCAGGGCGUCGGGGAGGUGCAGGAUGGCGUCGGUGGUGGUGAGGGCGGAGGCGGUGGACGCGACCAUCAGCCCGACGGUGAGCGCGCUGCGGCCGUCCAAGACCAUGGCCAUCACCGACCAGGCCACGGCGCUGCGGCAGGCUGGCGUCCCGGUCAUCGGCCUCGCCGCCGGGGAGCCCGACUUCGACACGCCGCACGUGAUUGCUGAGGCUGGGAUGAAUGCAAUUAAGGAUGGUUAUACAAGGUACACUCCUAAUGCUGGGACUUUGGAGCUGAGAAAGGCUAUCUGCAAUAAACUCCAAGAGGAAAAUGGGAUAUCCUACAGUCCAGAUCAGGUGCUGGUGAGCAAUGGAGCUAAGCAAUGCAUUACGCAAGCCGUACUUGCCGUUUGCUCACCUGGUGAUGAGGUUUUGAUACCAGCACCAUACUGGGUCAGUUAUCCUGAGAUGGCUACAUUGGCUGGUGCAACUCCAGUGAUCCUUCCUACAAGCAUAUCAGAGAAUUUCUUGCUAAGGCCAGAGCUGCUUGCUUCAAAGAUCAACGAGAAAUCGAGGCUUUUGAUUCUCUGCUCUCCUUCUAAUCCAACUGGAUCAGUAUAUCCAAAGGAGCUGCUUGAAGAAAUAGCUGACAUAGUCAAGAAGUAUCCUAGGCUUCUUGUUUUGUCUGAUGAGAUUUAUGAGCAUAUCAUCUAUCAGCCAGCAAAACACACAAGCUUUGCUUCAUUGCCUGGAAUGUGGGAUAGAACAUUAACUGUAAAUGGUUUUUCUAAGGCUUUUGCAAUGACGGGCUGGCGACUUGGAUACCUUGCAGCCCCAAAACAUUUUGUUGCAGCCUGUGGAAAGAUCCAAAGCCAGUUUACUUCAGGUGCUAGUAGCAUAUCACAGAAGGCAGGGCUCGCUGCUUUGAACCUUGGCUACGCUGGUGGUGAAGCAGUCUCAACUAUGGUCAAAGCAUUCCAGGAACGUCGUGAUUACCUUGUAAAAAGUUUCAAGGAACUGCCAGGUGUGAAGAUAUCAGAGCCUCAGGGUGCCUUUUAUUUGUUCAUCGACUUCAGCUCCUACUAUGGAUCUGAAGUAGAGGGUUUUGGCACUAUCAAGGACUCUGAGUCCCUCUGCAUGUUCCUCUUGGAGAAAGCACAGGUUGCACUUGUCCCGGGCGAUGCAUUUGGGGACGACAAAUGCAUCCGCAUGUCAUAUGCUGCAGCACUAUCUACGCUUCAAACUGCUAUGGAGAAAAUCAAAGAAGCUGUUGCGCUGAUCAAACCCCGUGUUGCUGCUAAGUGAAAAUGUGAGGUUAUACAAUGGCAGUGGGGAGUGACCAAAGGCGCCUUCAACUGCCACUUCGGUACCAUUUGAAAUACAAACGAUGUGUCAUUGUCUGACAAGUAAGAAUUUUUGUUGUUUGAUUGUGUCUGCUGUGAUAAAGAACUUGAAUGUAACUCCGGGAAAAUGGAUAAUACUUCUUGAUUUCUUUUUCUAAACAAGGAAGCCAGGUUGUUUUCUUUCUGUGCAAA